UGUGCCUGCGGCUGUCAGGUCGGUCUUUCCACCCACCCCAGGGACCCAGUCUGCAGGGGAGCAGUGCGCAGUCAGUUCCACCCUGGGUUCUCUUCUUUUCCUGACCCUGGACUUCGGACUUUUGGCUCAGCAGUGGCCGCUGGCAGAGAGCAUCGCUCAGCAGGUGCCAGAUCCCUGACUGUCCACCUGCCUGCAAGGAACCCGAGCUGGUGACCAGGCAGAGCCCCUCAGGGUCGGACCCUUUAAAACUGGCUAAAUAAAGCAAGAGGCCCAAGUUCAUCUCAGUGCUGGUUGGGUGUCACAUGCUGGCCCUUCCUAAGGCAGGCUUCCCUCUUCCUAGCAAGCAAACGAGUGACACAAUGUUGCAGCUUCUUCAAACAAAAUGUCUACACCAGCACUGGCUCUAGUUUGAUUUCUGAUUAAAUUGUUUGGGGUAGAAAAAAAGACAAUUACUGGGAGACCAGGACUUCAGAGCUCAACAAGAAAGAUGCUCAGCUAAAUACAGAGUGCAAGGUUUAUCUUGUUCGUUCCUUGACUCUCACCUCAUCAUGACACCACAGCCUUUCCCACCCAUCUGUCCACCAACUGUGGAGGCGGGAAUGAGACAAUUCAGCUCUUCCGGCUGCUCCCUCUUAGGAGAGAAUGGAAGGCUUUAAAACCACUUAUGGAGCUAUGACUGAAGGGGAAGUAAAAGAUAACUGGUCUGCAGAGUCUUGCUCUUUGAGGAUCCUCCUGGUGGGCAAAUCUGGCAGCGGGAAAAGCGCCACAGGGAACAGCAUCCUCUGCCGACCAGCAUUUGUGUCCAAGUUAGGAGCUCAGUCAGUGACCAGGACCUGCCAGAGAGAGACAGGCACAUGGAACGGGAGGACCAUCCUGGUGGUGGACACACCCUCCAUCUUUGAGUCAAAGGCCCAAGAGAUGUACAAGGACAUCGGAGACUGCUACCAGCUGUGUGCCCCAGGGCCCCAUGUGCUGUUGCUGGUGACCCAGCUGGGGCGCUUCACGGCUCAGGACACCAUGGCAGUGAGGAGGGUGAAGGAGAUAUUUGGGGCAGGGGCCAUGAAGCACAUGAUCGUCCUCUUCACCCAUAAGGAAGAUCUAGCUGAUGAGUCCUUGGAUGAUUAUGUGGCCCACACGGACAAUCAAAACCUUCAGCGCCUUGUCCAGGAGUGUGGAAGGAGGUACUGUGCCUUCAACAACCGGACCACAGGGGCGGAGCAGCGGGGGCAGCUGGUGGAGCUCAUGGCCCUGGUAGAGCAUCUGGAGCAGGAAUAAGGAUCUUUCUACAGCAAUGGCCUCUUCCUUGAUGCCCAUGUUCUGAACCAAGGAGAACACAGGGACUACCAGGAAGCCCACAGGCAGUACCUGGCUAAGGUGAGACAGCAGGUGGAGAAGCACAGGCAGGCGCUGAAGGAGGAGGAAAGUAAUGGGGUGUGCAAGGCAUUUCACAGAGUCAAAAUGUGGAUGGCUUCCCACGUUGCAGUAUCCGCUUUCCUUAUUAUAUGUGGUUUGAUUUUUCUUGCCAUUUUAAUUAACUUGUGUAUUAAUCGGGGGAACUAAGAAUUUUCAGGUAAUAGCUGCGGUUUGCUUCCACCUCCUCAUCAGGGUUCACCAUCUGUAGUGGGGUGCUUCAUCCGUAGUGGGAUAAUUCACUUUUCUCCCAAUGUCACUCUUUUUUGACUUACAUCAGACAUGAAUUUUCCGACAAGUAAAUAAAACCUGA